AUUUCAAGUUGGAGAUUUUUUUAGGUCAUAAUUUGAAAAUGCUGCUGAUUUUGUUCCUCAUAAUAACUUGUUCCCAUGUCUCUAUGAACAAAGAUCCUGGCCCUGAGUAUGCGGAUGUCGUGUUUCUGGUGGACAGCUCCGACCACCUGGGAACUAAGUCCUUCCCCCUCGUGAAAGCGUUCAUCCACAGAAUGGUCAGCAGUCUGCCCAUAGAGGCCCACAAGUACCGCGUGGCCGUGGCGCAGUACAGCGACCGGCUCCACAGCGAGUUCCAGCUGGGCACGUUCAAGAGCAGGAACCCCAUGCUGAACCACCUCAAGAAGAACUUGGGCUUCCUGGGCGGCUCCCUGCGGACCGGCCACGCUCUCCGGGAGGCGCACAGGACCUACUUCUCCGCGCCGGCCGGCGGGAGGGACAAGAAGCAGUUUCCCCCGAUUCUGGUGGUCCUGGCCUCGGCCCAGUCCGAGGAUGACGUGGAAGAGGCCUCCAAGGCCCUGCGGGAAGACGGGGUGAGAAUCGUCUCCGUGGGGCUGCAGAGUGCCUCUGAGGAGGAGCUGAAGGCCAUGGCCACCGCUCAGUUUCAUUUCAACCUCCGGUCGGCCAGGGACCUUGGCGCGUUUUCCCAAAACAUGACGCAGAUCAUCAAGGAGGCCACCCAGUACAGGGACGGAGCNGAUGGAGCGGCCGAUGAUAUUCUUGUGGAAGUCUGCCAAGGCCCGUCUGUGGCUGAUGUGGUGUUCCUGUUGGAUGUGUCCGUCAAUGGCAGCCAGGAGAACUUUGAAUAUCUUAAGGAAUUCCUGGAAGAGAGUGUAUCUGCUCUUGACAUAAAGGAACACUGCAUGAGGGUUGGCCUCGUGACCUACAGCAAUGAGACCAAGGUGAUCAAUUCUCUCAGCAGGGGCGUGAAUAAGUCGGAGGUUCUCCAGAAUAUACAAAACCUCUCUCCGUGGUCUGGGAAGGCUUACACAGGAGCUGCCAUCAGAAAGAUCAGGAAGGAAGUGUUCAGUGCACGCAACGGCAGUCGGAAGAAUCAGGGGGUGCCCCAGAUUGCCGUGCUGGUGACCCACAGACCCUCAGAGGAUAACGUGACCAAGGCGGCCGUUAACCUCCGGCGCGAGGGCGUGACCAUCUUCACCAUGGGCAUCGAGGGGGCCAGCGACAGCCAGCUGGAGAAGAUCGCCUCUCACCCCGCCGAGCAGCACGUGUCCAAACUGAAAACCUUCUCCGACCUGGCCGCUCACAACCAGACGUUUCUGAAGAAGCUGCGGAAUCAGAUAAUGCACACAGUCUCUGUUUUUUCAGAGCGCACCGAAACUCUCAAAUCCGGUUGUGUGGAUACUGAAGAAGCAGACAUUUAUCUGCUCAUUGACGGCUCUGGAAGCACCCAGGCCACAGACUUCCACGAAAUGAAGACCUUCCUGUCAGAGGUGGUAGGAAUGUUCAACAUCGCCCCCCAAAAGGUGCGGGUUGGGGCUGUCCAGUACGCUGACAGCUGGGACUUGGAAUUUGAGAUCAAUAAAUACACUAACAAGCACGACUUGGGAAAAGCCAUCGAGAACAUCCGGCAGAUGGGUGGGAACACAAACACGGGUGCAGCCCUGAAUUUCACACUAGGGCUCUUGCAAAAAGCAAAGAAACAGCGAGGAAACCGAGUGCCCUGUCAUCUUGUUGUCCUGACGAAUGGCAUGUCCAAGGAUAGCAUCCUGGAGCCUGCGAACAGACUGCGAGAAGAGCUCAUUCGUGUUUAUGCCAUUGGGGUCAAGGAGGCCAACCAAACACAGCUGCGAGAAAUUGCAGGCGAGGAGAAGAGGGUAUACUACGUGCAUGACUUCGACGCUUUGAAAGACAUAAGGAACCAAGUUGUUCAAGAAAUCUGUGCUGAAGAAGCCUGCAAAGAGAUGAAAGCGGACAUCAUGUUUCUGGUGGACAGUUCUGGCAGUAUAGGACUGGAAAACUUCAUCAAAAUGAAAACAUUCAUGAAAAACCUGGUGAGCAAAUCUCAGAUUGGGGCAGAUCGGGUACAAAUCGGCGUAGUCCAGUUCAGUGACGUCAAUAAGGAGGAAUUUCAGCUCAACAGAUAUAUGUCCCAAAAUGAAAUUUCAAAUGCAAUAGACCGGAUGACUCACAUUGGAGAAACCACCUUGACGGGUAGUGCCCUGACCUUUGUGUCUCAGUACUUCAGCCCUGCCAAGGGGGCCCGGCCCAAUGUCAGGAGGUUUCUCAUCCUCAUCACUGACGGUGAAGCUCAGGACAUAGUCAAGGACCCAGCAGUCGCACUUCGACAGGAAGGCAUAAUUAUCUACUCUGUGGGGGUGUUUGGUUCCAAUGUCACCCAGCUUGAGGAAAUCAGCGGGAGGCCGGAGAUGGUUUUUUAUGUUGAGAAUUUUGAUAUUCUGCAGCACAUUGAAGAUGAUCUUGUUUUUGGAAUAUGCAGCCCCCGUGAAGAAUGCAAGCGGAUUGAAGUUUUGGAUGUUGUGUUUGUAAUUGAUAGCUCUGGAAGCAUUGACCAUGAUGAAUAUAGUAUCAUGAAAGACUUUAUGGUUGACUUGGUGAAAAAAGCUGAUGUCGGCAAGAAUCAGGUCCGGUUUGGGGCUCUGAAGUAUGCUGAUGACCCAGAGGUGCUGUUUUAUCUGGGUGACCUUGGCUCAAAAUGGGAGGUGAUUUCGGUGCUCCAGAAGGACCAGCCCAUGGGGGGCAAUACUUACACCGCGGAGGCAUUAGGCUUCUCAGACCACAUGUUCACUGAAGCCCGGGGCAGCCGUCUGCAGAAAGGGGUCCCCCAAGUCCUCAUUGUGAUCACCGAUGGGGAGUCCCAUGAUGCAGAUAAGCUCAAUGCCACAGCCAAGGCCUUGAGGGACAAAGGCAUUCUUGUCCUGCUGACCAGUGUGUCUGGUGGUAGUAUAGAUUGUUUUGUGGACGUUGUGGUGGGAUUUGACAUCUCAACUCAUGAGAAUGGGCAGACUUUGCUUGAAGGUCAAUCUUGGAUAGAAACCUACCUUCAAGACCUCUUACAUACCAUCAGCUCCCUCAAUGGGGUAAGCUGUGAGGUGGGUACAGAGACGCAAGUUAGCGUGGCUUUUCAAGUGACCAAUGCCAUGGAAAAAUAUUCACCCAAGUUUGAGAUCUAUAGUGAAAACAUACUGAACAGCUUGAAGGAUGUAACAGUAAAAGGACCAUCUCUUCUCAACGCAAACCUCUUGAGUUCUCUAUGGGAUGCAUUUCAGAAUAAAUCAGCUGCUCGAGGAAAGGUGGUUCUCUUAUUUUCAGAUGGAUUGGAUGAUGACAUUGAAAAGCUUGAACAAAAAUCUGAUGAACUUAGAAAAGAAGGCCUGAAUGCCCUCGUAACUGUUGCUCUGGAUGGAGCCACUGAUUCAAGUGACCUGGCCGAUCUUCUCUACAUUGAAUUCGGGAAAGGGUUUGAGUACAGGACCCAGCUCACUAUUGGAAUGAGGGACCUCGGGAGCCGACUGUCAAAACAACUGGUUAAUGUUGCUGAAAGGACAUGCUGUUGUUUAUUCUGCAAGUGCAUUGGAGGGGAUGGCAUAAUGGGGGAUCCUGGACCACCAGGGAAAAAGGGAUCCCCAGGUUUUAAAGGCAGUGAGGGCUAUCUGGGAGAGGAAGGUAUUGCUGGAGACAGAGGAGCCGGUGGACCAGUGGGAGAGCAAGGUAUUAAGGGAUGCGAUGGUGCCAAAGGUCCUAAGGGAAACAGGGGACUAAAUGGACAGGAGGGAGAAGUUGGAGAAAGCGGAGUUGGAGGAUUACAUGGAGAACAGGGUGAGAGUGGUCUUCCUGGAGAAAAAGGAGAAAAGGGUGAUGAAGGAUCCCAGGGAAGCCCAGGAAAGCGAGGAGUUUCUGGUGACCGAGGUGCAAAGGGCCAGCGAGGAGACCCUGGAGUUCCUGGAUUUGACAAUACCAUAGAAGGACCUAAGGGCUUGAAAGGAGAACGUGGAAGACAAGGUAGAAGAGGCUGGCCGGGCCCCCCUGGAACACCAGGCUCCAGAAGAAAGACAGCAGCUCAUGGCCGAAGGGGACAUACAGGCCCACAGGGGAAAACUGGCAUCCCAGGCCCAGAUGGACUUGAAGGCUCAUGGGGACUUAAGGGCCCUCAGGGUCCCAGAGGAGAGACUGGUGUGAAAGGCGAAAAAGGAGGUCUGGGAAGUGAAGGUCCUCAGGGGCCUCCAGGACCAGGAGGAGAAGCUGGGAGUCCAGGCCAUUUGGGAAGCCAAGGAAAUAAAGGAGAGCCUGGAGAUUUGGGAGAAAAAGGAGCAAUUGGUCUCCCAGGUCCUCGAGGCUUGCCGGGUGAUGAUGGCAACCCAGGUUAUGGUAGCCUUGGAAGUAAAGGAGCAAAGGGGCAAGAAGGAUUUCCUGGAGAAAGUGGACCUAAGGGUGAGACUGGGGACCCUGGUGGUCCAGGAGAAACUGGACCCAAGGGAGCUAGAGGCAUGACGAUAUCCAAUGGGCCUCCAGGAGAGAUGGGAUCCCCUGGGGAGCCAGGACCUCCUGGACGCAAGGGUGUGAAAGGGGCCAGAGGAUUGGCUUCAUUUUCUAUGUGUGAGCUCAUUCAGUAUGUACGGGACCACAGCCCUGGCGGACAUGGAGAACCAGAAUGCCCGGUGCACCCCACUGAACUGGUGUUUGCCUUGGACCAGUCUCGAGAUGUCACCAAGCAGGAAUUCGAGCGCAUGAAGGAGCUGAUGUCUUCCCUGGUGAGGGGCGUCAGGGUCCGGGAGACCAGCUGCCCGGUGGGCGCGCGCAUCGCCAUCCUCACCUAUACCUCUCAUGCCCGGCACCUCGUCCGCUUCUCAGACGCCUACAGGAAGCAGCAGCUCCUCAGGGAGAUCGAAGCUAUUCCUUACGAGCGGUCCUCGGACAGCAGGGAGAUCGGCAAAGUGAUGAGGUUUAUCUCCAGGAAUGUCUUCAAGCGAACGCUUCCAGGGGCGCACACGAGAAGAAUCGCCACCUUCUUCAGCAGCGGUCAGUCUGCCGAUGCCCAGACCAUUGCCACGGCCACUAUGGAAUUCAGUGCCCUUGACAUCAUUCCGGUCGUGAUCGCGUUCAGCAACGUGCCCUCCGUCAAGCGUGCGUUUGCGAUUGAUGACACUGGCACAUUCCAAGUCAUAAUGGUUCCAUCCGGGACCGACUACGCGCCAGCGUUAGAGAGACUCCAGCGGUGCACUUUCUGCUAUGAUGUCUGCAAGCCAGACGCUUUUUGCGAUCAAGCCAAACCGCCCCCUGCACAGUCUUACAUGGAUGCUGCUUUCCUUCUGGACAGCUCCCGGCAUGUGGGAAGUGCUGAAUUUGAAGACAUAAGACACUUUUUGGGAGCACUGUUAGAUCACUUUGAGAUCACCCCAGAGCCUGGGACCUCUGUCACCGGAGAUCGGGUGGCCCUAUUAAGCCAUGCUCCCCCCAACUUCCUACCCAACACUCAGAAGAGUCCUGUUAGAACUGAGUUCAACCUCACCACCUACAACAGUAAACGCCUCAUGAGGAGGCACCUGGAAAAAUCAGUUCAACAACUAAAUGGAGAUGCUUUCAUUGGUCAUGCCUUACAGUGGACCCUGGACAAUAUCUUUUUAAAUACUCCCAAUAUGAGAAGAAACAAAGUCAUAUUUGUGAUUUCUGCUGGGGAAACCAGUCACUUGGACAAGGAGACCUUAAAGAAAGAAUCCUUGAGAGCCAAAUGUCAAGGUUAUGCCCUAUUUGUGUUUUCCCUUGGCCCUGCUUGGAAUGACAAGGAACUAGAAGAUCUAGCCAGCUACCCUUUGGAUCACCACUUGGUCCAGCUUGGCCGAAUUCAUAAACCUGACCACAGAUACAGUGUGAAGAUUGUGAGAGCCUUUAUAAACUCAAUCAGGCGUGCAAUCAACAAAUACCCACCAAUAAACUUCAAGAUGAAGUGCAGUAGACUCAGCUCUACAGAUCUGAAGCAGCCCGCACGGCAGUGGCGAAGCUUUGUUCCUGGACCACAUAAAACUGCCCUCAAAGAAGAUGCAUUACAGAAGGCAAAGUUCUUUCAAGAUAAAAAAUAUCUUUCAAGAGUAGCAAGAGGCAGCAGAGAUGAUACUAUUCGAAAUCUUACCAGAAACACAUUCCAUGCCUUUAAAAAUGGAAAAAAGGUGAUAAAAACUGCUCCAAACCAACAUGACAAAGGAAGUGCUUGAAGAAGUUUGUCUUAGGAAGCAUGGUAAGACUCUGGAUUUAAGUAACUAAAUUCAUUGCCAUAACAAUGGGCGACUUUUAUUUGGAUAUCCACCUACAUCUAGACAUCCACUCUGGAGAGCUGGACAAAACACAGGGUGUAGAUUAUCAGGCAAUUUGACCCCUUGCACUCACUGGUAUUGAGAUUGAUCAUGUCCAUUUCUUUGAGCACUCCUCAUAAUUCCAGCACUCUGAUAGUUCAAGAACUAUUAUCAUUAAGAGAUGGAAGAAUGAAAGAAGGGUUCUGAAAAGUCCAAUGGAGAUGUAAUCUGAAGGUAAACUUUAAAUAGUAUACACAUGAGCCAAUGUUAAUUCUUUUGAUUGUAGCUCUCCGUCCAGCCUAAACUUUCUGCAAGCCAAGCUUUCGUUCUCUAUUUAGUACUGUUUAAUGCUCAUCUGUUUAACCAAAGCUUAAUGUUUUGAAAGACCCCAACAUUUACAUUUGCAAAUUGAUGCUUAUAUGUCAUAACCUUGAUAAUUUGGCUUUCCGUGAUACCAUUUAAACACAUUACUGUCUCUGUGUGGAGUGGCCAGCUUUCUGAUAGGCUUGUGCUGGAAGGUUUCCUUCCACUUUCUGUGGUUGUUUGCUUGGACAGGUAAGAAGCAGAGAAUUUUUUCUGCUCCAACUUCUCCUUAACUCAAUGAGAAACUUGUUAAUUCCCCCAAAACAUAAGUAAUUGCUUUUGAGCUAGAAGUUCCCUCAUUAUAUAGAGCCUCCUGCCUGGCCAUUUUGAUGGACUCUUUACCAUUAUUGUUACAUGUAUUAUUUUUUACUAAUCCAUAUAUUCUUUAGACAAAGGAGAGUAAAGACAACUGGUCAUGGGGGAAGCUGAGUUACUUUUACCCAACAUGUAGCUAUUUAGUCAACAGUGAACAGUACCCAACAGGACUAACCAAGAUCUAAAUAGAGUCUUAAAUGCAUAUUGAUUUUGGAAAAAUAAGGUGGUUAAUCCACUUGGGGUUGCAGAGAUGUACAGAGAUGCACAGAGAUCAGAGCAGUUAAAGCACGAAAGGUCUUCCAAAUGCCUAGCCUCCAAGAGCAUUCUGACAGCUUGCUCCCCCCUCAGCCCCAUCCAGAUCACAUAACUAAUUCUUAAUCUUAUGAUGGGCUAAUAUUUUCAACAACUAAAGACCAAAUUAGCAUUAUGUAAUUUAGACACGAUGUUUGGACC